AUGAAUGGUUUAAUAAAAAGAGUUGAAAAAAUCAAUAAAGAAUGUGUGGAUUCAGCUGAUAAAAGUAAACAGUUAAAUGCAGAUGGUACAACUGAUGCAUUUACAUUAUUAAGAAGAAAAAUUGGUUUAGAUAUUAAAGGUGUAAAAGAGUUAAUAACAGAAAGAGAUGAAGCAGAAAUUAAUAUGCCAGGGUCAGUUAGAACUGUUCAAUUAUCACAUUCUAUUAGGACUGCAAUUCAGGAUUUAAAAGGUGAAUGUGGAAAACUACAAAAAAUGCACGAUAAAGCAGAACAAAGAUAUUUAAAGAAAAAUAAAGAAGACCCAGAAAAAUUAAAGAAAUUAGAAUUAACUAAAGAAUCUUGUGAAAUCGCCUGGGGACAUGUUAAAGAAUUAGAGUUACAAAAUAAAAAAAGGGGUAGUGAUACUAAUCAAUUUAUUCCUAGGGAUUCAUCAUCACCUAGAAAUGGUGGUCAAAUCAAACAACUACCAGAUCUUGAUCAUGAAGAUUUUAUAGAAUUGAUUAAAACUGAUAAACAAAUAGAUGGUGUAUUAACCUCAAUCUCUGAACAAUUAAAAGUUACAGAAAACAUUGCAAAUGAAAUGGGUAAAGCUGCUCAAAGACAAGGUGUACUGUUAGAUGACCUUGAUAAAAAAGCAGAAGAACUAGAUGAAAAAUUAGAAAAUUUAAAUGUUAGAUUAGGUAAAAUGCUAAAAGACAUUCGUAAAGCCGAUAGAUUUAUGAUUGAUGUCAUUUUGGUUCUAAUUUUACUUGGUGUUGGUGCUGCAAUCUAUGGAGUCGUUAAAAGAAAAUAA